AGUUCGCCCGUGUUGGACAGUGUGUGCGCUGCGCCUGGUGGCAACGCUUUGUUUGGGGCAGAUAAGAAGAAGCAGCGGGGCAGCGUCUGCGAAAAAGUUUAAAAAUAAACAAAUUCCGUUUUAAAUCAAACUGAUAUUCAAUUUUCCGGGCGCGCAGUAAAAUCGUAGCAGCCCCACACAUACACACAAGAGAGUCAGUUUCUAAAGCGGAAUUUGUGCUCUCGCACGAAACUUGGCCCAUUUCUUUGGGACUCAAUCUCAUAAUUGGGAAUCAUAUCAGUUCGUUCUGUUCACUUCGUCGUGGCGCACGGGAUCCAGACGGACAGCAGCGCACAGCUCUCGCAAUGGUAACCACCCAUUAGUUAUCUCACGAACUAGCAAAUCAAUAGCAACUCCAGAACCCAUGUACAUUGAUUCACCCGCACAGCGCCACUACCACCCACUCAUCCGUGUAUAUAGUUCUGAGCAUUGCAUAUAUAUAAGCGCCAGUCAAGGUCGUACGAUUCUCGGCCAGGCGCAGAUAUGUGUGUACGAAAAUGUUCUUUUUUUACGCCUCACCUUGAUUUUCAACUAUACGAUCGUGCGUGUGUGUCUGUGCUGUUUCCAUGGCUGCCAAACUUUGUUUAUUCCACCUGAGAUGUGUUUAUUGCAAGUCCCGUGUAAAUACCCGCCUAAGUGUUUUGUGUGCCAGGAUCAGUGUUGGGAAGGCCACGAUCGUUUUGUACCUAGUUUAGGUACAAGUUAGUUUCAAAAAUAUAUAGUACCGGAAUCAUGCAAAAUUCCAGUUAAAAUAUAUUUUAAAUUCAACCAAUUUUGUCGUAUGCUGAUAAUAGGUGCAUCAUAUUGUCACACACUUUAUAGGCGGAUCCCUUCCAGAUCCGAGGCACAGUCCCUUUCAGCAAUAUGCGCUACAUAAAGCCGGAGCCGUACUAUGAAGGGCUUCCUCCAUUUAAUGUCAGCGGCAGUCCUUUCAAUGUGGUACCCAUUCACAACUACCCAGAGCUCAUGAAGGACACCUGCGCCCUGAUCAACGCCGAGUGGCCGCGAUCAGAAACGGCGCGCAUGCGCUCCCUGGAAGCCUCCUGUGACAGCCUGCCCUGCAGCCUGGUGCUGACCACCGAGGGCAUGUGCCGCGUGAUCGCUCACCUCAAGCUCAGCCCGAUUAACUCCAAGAAAAAGGCCUGCUUUGUGGAGUCCGUGGUGGUGGACAAGCGGCACCGCGGUCAGGGAUUUGGCAAACUGAUCAUGAAGUUCGCCGAGGACUAUUGCCGCGUGGUGCUAGACCUCAAGACCAUCUAUCUGUCCACCAUCGACCAGGAUGGAUUCUACGAGCGCAUCGGCUACGAGUACUGCGCACCCAUUACAAUGUAUGGGCCGCGUCACUGCGAGCUGCCCAGCUUGCAAAAUGCCAAAAAGAAAUACAUGAAGAAGGUCUUAUAGACGUCAACGCCAGUAGUAGUUGGUUUGGCUAAUUUGGGCCGUGCCCAGGCUGAUCAGAGAGUGGCAGUGAACUAGUCAAAUUGGCAAACGAUUGAAAUUCUUUACGGGUUUUACCUGCCCAGCAGCUGCUCCGAGCCAUAACCUGUGGAUGCCACACAGUCUGCCAAUUGCAUGUGUGAUUGCAUCGUUGCUCUGGCAAAUUGCAAAGCAGCUAAUGCUUUUGAUUCCAUUACACCGAUAAGCAAACCAUUCACCAAGCGCUUGUGUUGAUUUUUAAAUAUUACUUUCCGCAUGUAUUUUUUAAACUUUUUGGUUCUUUUUGUAUGACAAAAGUGACCCGGGCUGUUCGGUACAUCUAUAAGGCUGAUGUUAACCUAAUCCUAACUGCUUAGCAAUUAUAAUUUGUUAUAGUUUUGCUCAAGUGUGUGCAUAAUUGCUCCUAGACGGAAAAUCUACCUGCCUGCAAUGAUGAUUAUGCAUAUGAUUAUGAUAAUAAGAAGCUCAAGUAUCUUCCAACGAAACAUAGCAAAUAGACAUAUCGAGCCUUAGCAUUAAGCACUCAACGAAGGGCAAUAACUUCCAAUAAAACGUGUAGCAAUUUAA